UAUCUCGGAGUGUGAGCCGUGAAGGGCGCACUGCUCGAGUCUUUCGCCAGAGAAGGAGUUUGUUGUUUGCCGAAAGGAGCUCAGUCGUCCCGGACCCCCCCCCUAUUCGUGUCGAACCUGUGUUGCCAUGGCUGCGUGCGGCAGGAGCCCGCUACUGGUGGCGAUUCCUCUGUGGAUGUGUUUUGGGAGAGCUGCUGCUCUGGCCGAACCUGAGAUCUGUUAUGUGCUGGACGGCAUCCUCUUUUUGUACGGCAUCAUCCUGACAGCCCUCUACUGCAAGAUCAAGAUCUCAAAUGCUAAAGAAGCUAACCAUGGGAAAGGAAAGCCAAAGCAGAAUGUGGAAGAGGGCAUAUACACGGGUUUGACUCCGCGUGCCCAGGACACAUACGAAACCAUCGGCAUGAAGAAGUGACGUGAUGGAGGGGAAAGUCCAAUUUUCUUCUUUCUUUUUUUGUUGUUGUAUUUAAGUAUUGCAUAUCACAUUGUGCUUAGAUGUUGGAGAUUUCGUACGCCGGGGAUGUUUAUUUCCCCUUUUUUUUUUUUUUUUUUUUUUUUGCUUUUGUAGAGUGAGGAGACGGAAAGAGGGAGGAGGAGGGGAGGCCAUGUGUUGUAUGGGCUUCACUGCUUGUUGCACAUAUUUAAGUUUAAGGCAAACAGAUUUUUAUAACUGCAGUGCUUAAAAGACAUUUUUAUAUUGUGUAUUUCCCCCUUUUCUUUCAAAGAAAUGUACUUUUUUUGUUUGCGUGUUUGUUGUAACAUACGUUGUGAGCGUUUUGUGAUGACUGGCCCCAACUAACUUCCCUCUACGGACGAUACAUUUCACUUCCUUUAUUUUUGAACUUUUUUUUUUUUUUUUCUUUGGUGCAACAUGUCCGUAGUCGCGCCAUAAGAUGACAUCUGUUAUUUGGGGGAAAAUUGCAAAAGAUGGAGGGAGGAAAAAAAAAAAUGAGCCAGGGAGUGUUUCCUGUACACCACAGGAUGGCAGUGAUGGUGCAACUGGUUCCUUUACCUGUGUCUGUGUUCACACACAAACACACAAAAAAAAAAACACAGCUAAAGUUAUUUUCUAUUUAAACUGCUUCUUGUUGGAAGCUGUUACUUGUACAUAAAGACAUUUGUGGAUUAAAUAACUCUCUGUCUGUCUCUGGAUUAAAUAUUAAAGUAGCAACCUCACGCCUCCUGUGAAUGCAUUUUGGUCCAUAUACAAAAAAAACCCCUAAAUAAACAUAACAUUCCUUACCUAACGUAGCCCAGAUUAUAACACGUAAACCUGCUGUGUUUGUAAAAUAACAUCACAAUGUCAAUACGAAAAGUAUCUGUGUCAUUCCCCAGAUUGUUGUACGUGAUCCCAUUCCAUUAAAAAUAAACAAAAAGGUCGUCACAA